CUUGUCCCACCUAUAUUCACCAAGACUGAAUCAAAUGAUCAAUGCGAGCCUUGACUCUGACGGGACAAAUACCUGGUGUGACCGAGACACGAGGCUUCAAGGACGGCAGUGACAGCGCCUGACAAUUCGCCGCUUUGUCACAGGACUAAAGAUAUUUAUAGUUGAAGUGGGUAUCACAUGAGAAUGUCAUUUACAUCGGUGCAUUGAUUAACAGAUAGCGGAAGAGACCAGGUCUAAUUAAGGGGUAACGUAUAAGCCGACAAGCGGGAAAUUCGCCUCUGCUCGGGAAAAUCGAGGGAGAAGACGCCUGGAUUGGGUUUUGGCGAGCAGCCCCUGGGUCAGUUUCAUGUGGCGCGUCAAUUCCUUGUCAAUUUCCUGCACGCUGGUAAUUCCUAGUCAGUCCCGUGCACUUCCUCGUUAAUGAUGACUAUGACCGCGAUGGCUGACGGGCUGCUAGCACCAGACUCAUCUAAAUCGGCCUUUCUGGAGUUUGGUCAUCCCGCUCAGCAGUCAUCCCCUGGCAUGUCUCAUGGACACUACCCGGUGCACGGCCUGCACUCCAGCGGACACUCCCAACACGAUGGCUCUUACUCCGGCGCCUCUUCGUACGGCAGGUCGCUGGGUUAUCCGUACCCGAGCUCAGUUAGCAACCACGCACCCAAUCCGUACAUGCCCUACCAGAACAGCAGCACUUUGGGGCACACCAGGUUAGAAGACACAGAGCACGAGAAAUCGACUGUAAUCGAAAAUGGGGAAAUACGAUUGAAUGGCAAAGGGAAAAAAAUCCGAAAGCCAAGGACCAUUUACUCGAGUCUUCAACUACAAGCUCUGAAUCACCGCUUCCAACAGACACAGUAUUUGGCGCUGCCAGAGAGAGCAGAGUUAGCAGCUUCUCUGGGACUCACACAGACACAGGUGAAAAUCUGGUUCCAGAAUAAGCGCUCCAAAUACAAGAAAUUGAUGAAACACAGUUCCAAUGUGCAAGAAGGCGACCACCUGCCCACCUCUGCUGCUUUGUCUCCGUGUUCGCCCAAUAUCCCACCAGUCUGGGACGUUCCCAUGCCAAAUAAGGGCUCCACUAUGCCGCCGAACAGCUACAUUAACAGUUUUGGGUCAUGGUACCCACCGCCCCACCAGGACACCAUGCCAAGACCCCAAAUGAUGUGAUUAACCCAGAGUACAAUAAUUCCCACAAACUCUUUAAAAACACUCAAAACAAUCUGUCACACGAUUUCAAAUAGUCUUAUGGACGAGAAAAGGCGACUGAAUCGAGAUAACAAUGACAUUAUGCUUUCAGUCGUAUCCUAAUAGUUUUGUGCCAGAAAUACAAUGGGUAUAUAGAGUCAAACUCCUCUAACGAGUGCUACGCAAACUUGUACGAUGUUUGUAAUUCUAUUGGAGUAGUUUGAUGUAUCUAUAAUCUACGUUGUGAAUUCUAAAAAAAAUUUUUAUACCUGUUCUACUAAACUCAAUGUUAGUGUUUUAAACCUUUUUUUAAACUCGAGGAUGCAAAUCCUUCUUAGUUGGGCCAAGUGCAUAGGCUGUAUUUCAGGCAUUUACCGACAAACUAUCCAUUCUCUUCUUUGGGCUCUUACCAUAUCAGCUUUCUUUAUUGUGUACUUUUUAUUUAAUUACCGUAAUUCAAGCUUGAAGCAUGAAAGUGUCAUUUGCCAUAUAUAGCUUCAGUCAGACAGAGCUGCAAACACCUGGUUAAUUGAAGAGUAUGCGGUUGGAAUAUUCAGGUUUUCUCCUUUUUUUUUAUUUACAAAAAGGAUCUGUUUAAUGUGAAGUGAAUUUGGUAAAUGCAAGUACAUACAAUCACCAAACCGUUUAUAAUCGGAAUGGUUCAGCAAGUAUGGGAAUUCACAAUGGAUUAUACGGUAUCGCUAAAAAAAGUGCCGGUUUUGAUUGUUGAUCAGAAAUUCCUUUGAAUUUCUGUGGGGGGGGGGGG